UUAGUAUUAUUAACUAUAUUAAAACAAAACUUGACGACGGCAGUGGCCAGUAAGUGGUCUUAACAGCCAAUAUUAAUCAUAUAUUUUUAAACACGUUUCAUACUAAUAAAUUAUGUUAUGUUAAAUUAAAUUUUAUAACUCUCAUAGUAGUAUUUAAAGAAUUAAAAAAUAUUAUUUUUUCAUUGCAUUAUUGUAUUGUUGACUACUGAAAUGUCUCAUUUUAACUGUGCAAAAGUAAAUAUGCUAAAUAUGACUGUAUUCAAAUCUGAAUGUUUUGAAAUGGCAUUAUCAAACAGCAAGACUAAACACAAACAUUUGAAACUUACUCAAAAACGUUUUAAUGAAAAAAAAUCACCAGUAUUAGAUUCUAUGUUUCAAAUUAGUUACAAUAAAGAUAUUUGCACUACAAGUACUGUAAAUAAUUUUAUGUCUUUAUAUAAUAAAGUGAGUAAAUUACAAAAAGAUUAUACGCCUUUGCACUUAGCUAUCGAAAUGGGUAAUUUUCAUUUAAUACAAUUUUUAUUAAAACUUCCUACUAUAAAUGUCAAUGCUUUUACAAGUACUGGUUUCACAGGAUUGCAUAUGGCCAUUAAAGCAGACAAUUUAAGCAUUGUUAAAUAUUUAUGUGAGUAUUCUCACAUUGAUUUAGAAGCAACAUCAAAUUGUGUUGGUACACCAUUGAUUUAUGCCACAUUAAUUUCAACUCCAAUAGUUUUGAAAACAUUGAUUGAUCAUGGUGCUAAUGUAAAUAAGACUUUUACUGUAGAUUGUUUGAAUCCAUUGAUGUUGGCUAUUCAUCAUAAUAAAAAAGAACAGAGUUGGAUAUUGGCUGAUAAUGGUACUUGUCCUUUACAUACAGAUGUAAAAAAAUGGAAUGCCUUACAUUAUGCUGCUUUAUUUAAAGGUUCUGAUGAAUUACUUAAAAAAUUAGUUGAAAUAGGUUGUGACAAAAAUGGUAUUACUUGUGAGGGUAUGACACCUUUGCAUCAUGCAGUUAUUUCCGGAAGUACUGAUGCUGUUAAAUUAUUAGUUUCAGUAAACGCAGAUAUUCAUAAAACUGAUGAAAAUGGUCUUACAGCUUUACAUUAUGCUGCUUAUCAAGGUCAUUGGGAAAUUGUGAAAAUAUUAUUAGUUGCUGGUUCUAGACCAAACAAAAAAACAAAUAGCAAAGUGACACCUUUGCAUUUUGCAGCCAAACAUGAUCGUUAUUUAGUGGUAGUGGAACUAUUAAAAUGCUAUGUUGAUGUGAAUGCUAUUACUAUACAAUGUAAUACUCCAUUGCAUUAUGCAGCUUGUAAUGGAAAUGAAGAAAUGGUUGAUAUUCUAUUGAAAAACGGAGCUGAUUUAAAUAUUCCAAACAAAGACAACGAUUUACCUAUUCAUCUUGCUUGUUUACGUGGAGCUAUUGAUGUUGUUAAAUUAUUAUGUUCAAAAAGUUCAAAUGGAUCAAAUAUGGAUUGUCGAAAUAAGAAUAAUAUGUUGCCACUACACAAUGCUAUUUUAAGUGCUAAUGAAGAGUUAGUAAAGUUUUUAUUGAACAAGUAUAAAUUGAAUGUUGAUACUGAUUUGUAUCAAGUGGCAUUACGUUCUGGAAACAUUCAUAUAAUUAAAAUUUUAAUUGAUAAAACUAAUGAUUUAGUAUUUAAAAAUGAGUUAUUUUGGUAUAAAAUCAUUAGUUUUUCUGAAUCUCUAGAAGUAUUUAAGUUAGUUGCUGAUCAUGUUCAACCACCAACAUCAGCCUUAUCAGGCUUAGUGGAAUAUGCAAUACAUUUAGGGUAUUGUGACAUUGCUCAAUAUUUACUAAAAUAUAUUAAAACGUGGAAGGAUCUUAUUGAUGGAGAAGGAAAUACAGCAUUACACCAUGCAAUAUGUAAAAAUGAUUUAGAAUUAGUUCGUUCGCUUAUAGAAAAAGGAGCAAAUUUGAAACACAUUUGUGAUUCAGGUAUUACAUUAUUACAAUUUGCGUCAAGGAAUGGUAAUGCAGAAAUUGUGGAGUUGUUGAAGAAUUAUACUAAUUAUUAUAAUUUGAACAAAAAGACUAAUAUAUAAAAUUAUCCAUUCUAUAACA